AAUUCGAUUCCCUUAUCAAACCAAAGAAUGAUAUUGGAUUCAUGGCUCCCUUGGCAUGGGCGUUGGAGGAUCAGGCUAUCGGGGAGAACACUGAUUCCAUAAACAGUUCGUCGCUUGACAGUGACAGAGAUGGUAUAAACUGUUUAAAUUUGGAUGAAGUUCAAGACAGUUAUUAUGAACAAAUGCAAGGAGAAGAGAUUGACUCUAAAAUUGAUGUUCGAGCACUUGCAUUCAGCUUGCUCUCUGCCAAGACAGUAGAUGAAAUGGAGGAAAUUCUUAAGGACAAAGGGGACUUGCCCCCUCAGGUGUAUUCAACCAUCAUAAGAGGUUUUGGCAAGGAGAAGAGGAUGGAUUCUGCAUUAAUUCUUAUGAAUUUAUUGAACAGGAAAAGGAUUGAAACCAAUGGUUCUUUUAGCCCAAAUCUGUUCAUAUAUAAUAGUCUGUUGGGUGCAGUCAAACAGUCUCAAGAAUUUGCAGAAAUUGAAACAAUUAUGAAUGAAAUGGAUCAAGCAGGGAUCACUCCUAAGGUUGUGACAUAUAAUACUUUGAUGGCUAUCUACAUAGAAAAAGGAGAAGGCGACAAGGCCCUCAGUGUUUUUGAGGAAAUGCAUAACAAGGGCCUCACUCCAUCUGCAGUGUCCUAUUCUCAAGCCUUGCUGGCAUAUAGAAGAAUGGAAGAUGGCUAUGGAGCUUUAAAUUUCUUUGUUAAAUUCAGAGAAAAAUAUCGUCAAGGUGAAAUAGGAAAAGAUGAUGAUGGAGAAGAUUGGGAGGCUGAGUACAUCAAGCUCGAAAAGUUCACAAUUCGUGUUUGCUAUCAGGUAAUGCGCCGUUGGCUUGUCAGCCAUGAUAACUUAAGCAAUAAAGUUCUGCGGUUGCUUGAUGAUAUGGAUAAAGCUGGGAUUCAUCCAGGUCGGGCAGAGCUUGAGAAGCUCGAGUGGGCUUGUACCCGUGAAGACCAUUACCCAGUAGCAAAAGAGCUAUACAGCAGGAUAAGAACUAGGCAUAGCGAAAUCAGCUUGUCUGUCUGCAACCAUGCAAUUUGGCUUAUGGGGAAGGCCAAGAAGUGGUGGGCAGCUUUGGAGAUAUAUGAGGAUCUGUUGGACAAAGGGCCAAAGCCAAAUAACUUGUCAUAUGAGUUAAUAAUGUCGCACUUCAAUGUUCUUCUGAGUGCAGCUAAGAAAAGGGGAAUAUGGAGAUGGGGUGUCAGGUUGCUAAACAAGAUGGAAGAUAAGGGACUAAAACCUGGAAGCAAAGAAUGGAACGCGGUUCUUGUGGCCUGUUCCAAGGCUUCAGAAACUAAUGCAGCUGUGCAAAUAUUUAAGAGAAUGGUGGAAAAUGGUGAAAAACCUACUAUAAUUUCCUAUGGGGCUUUACUCAGUGCUCUGGAAAAGGGAAAACUCUACGACGAGGCCCUUCGAGUGUGGGACCAUAUGAUCAAGGUAGGGGUUGAGCCGAAUGCAUAUGCCUACACAAUCAUGGCUUCAAUUCAUACUGCCCUUGGAAAUUUUAACAGAGUUGAUGACAUCAUUUCCGAGAUGAUGGCACUAGGAAUUGAACUCACAGUAGUGACGUACAAUGCAAUAAUCAGUGGCUGUGCAAGGAAUGGCAUGGGAAGUGCAGCCUAUGAAUGGUUUCACAGGAUGAAAGUUCAGAAGAUUGCUCCGAACGAGAUAACUUACGAAAUGCUGAUUGAGGCUCUUGCUAAGGAUGGGAAGCCGAAGCUGGCAUUUGAGUUAUACACGAGGGCACACAAUGAGGGACUUCAUCUAUCUUCAAAAGCCUAUGAUGCUGUGUUGGAAUCUUCUCGGGCUUAUGGAGCCACCAUUGACUUAAGUCUCUUAGGACCACGUCCUCCAGAGAAGAAGAAGAAAGUGCAGGUUAGAAAGACACUGACUGAAUUUUAUAACUUGGCAGAUGUUCCCAAGAAAAGUAAAGCAUUUGAUAGGAGUGAAAUUUAUUACUCGCAGAGAGAAGGUAGUGAAUCAGUAAUUUAGCGCUGUUAUAUGUUACCAUUGUCAAUUAUUGUUUGUAACGUUUGUAUAUUCUGCCUUUCCUAUUUGUCAAGUAAA